UGGUGCGCCGGAAGUUAGUUUGUUUACUAACAAUGGCGCGUGAGCUGUCACUGAUAUCCAGCGUUGACUCGGCGAGUAUGUUGUUGCUUUUCCACACCUUUUCAAAGCAGUUAAUGUUGUGUAACGGAUUGCUGAUGUCACACAGGCGUGUUGCGGAUAUAAAAAGGUCGCUGGAUGAGAAGGUGGAGAGGAGCAGGAGGGGAUAUGAAGCCUCUCGGCGCAGAUCUCGGAGACGUCAUGUGAGGCUGAGAGCCUUGGUGUUGUGUACAAGACUCCUCCAUGUGCACGGGCAUGUGGAGAGACGAGUGUGGAGCAGAGAGAGACCCAGUGGAGAAGCGUUCUGGUCUAAUGUCCUGGCUAACUUUGAUGAUGAGCAGUGGGUGGAUCACUUCCGUAUGUCCCGGAGGACAUUUGAGCUCCUUCUAGAACUUGUGGAGGUGAAACUGAGACGCAAAUCCACCCGCUGGAGGAAAGCGCUGGAGCCCCGGCGCAGGCUGGCCAUCGUGUUAUGGUGGUACGCGACCCCGAGUGAAUACAGGACCAUCAGCUGUCUCUUCGGUGUCGGACUGUCCACUGUGUGCACGUUAGUGCGCCAGGUCACCUCUGCCCUGAACACUGUGACUCUCACACACUUUAUCUCUCUGCCACAAGGGGAGAUUCUUCAAAACACGCUCAGGGGGUUUGCAGGACGCGGUUAUCCCAUGUGUGCUGGUGCGAUCAGUGUGACCCACAUCCCCAUCAGCUCCCCAAGACAAAACCCAGCUGCUUACUUCAAUAACAAAAAGUGGCACUCCAUUAUAUUGCAAGCAGUCGUGGACCACAACAUGUGUUUCUCAGACAUAUACGUUGGCUAUCCUGGUCGCACACACAAUGCAAGAGUGCUGGCUACUUCACCGCUGUACAAGAAGGCAGAAGAACAAGAUGGAUACCUGUUCCCUCGUGAGGACGCUUUGACCGUGAAUGGAGUGGAGAUUCCUGUUCAUCUCAUUGGUGAUGCAGCGUAUCCGUUAAAGAAGUGGCUGAUGAAGGGAUUCACGGAUGAACACUCUCUUACUCCUGAACAGCGCCACUUCAACAGCCAGUUAAACUCGGCUCACAUGGUGGUGGAAAACGCCAUGGGGCGUCUUAAAGGUCGUUGGAGGUGCCUGCUCAAGCGCAACGACGUUGAUGUCGCGUUUAUGCCCGACAUCGUUACCGCUUGCUGCAUCCUACACAAUGUGUGCGAGCUGAACACGGAGGAAUUCCUGCCUGAGUGGACUGCCGAUGCUGAUGAAGUCUUACAACAGCCUGAUACGGAUAUUUAUAGAGACACAGUGAUGGACAGCACUCGAGCUAUUCGUGACACAAUGGUGACAAUUGUUUGAGAGUUAAAGCAGGAGUUAGAUGUGAGUGAAACAGAACAGUUUAUCUUGCUCUAAAUUUGCACAGAGAGCUGAUAGACUUUUGUUGCCUCUGGUCUAGUUCAUCUAAAUCAAGAGUCUUCAUCCGAACUGUCAGGAGAAAGGCAAAAGCCCUAUUCGGACGGGACCAGUUUUCCAAACGACGUUUGAGUUAGAAUUUUUUUCAGCCGACGUCUGUCAUUUCAUGUAUGGAUUCGGACGGGACUAACAUCUCUGUGUUUAUUACGGAGAUAGGAGUGUCUGUGUUUUACAUGUGGGCAUUGCACAAGACCACAUGUCCAGGAUGCGUGGAAUGCGUGAUCAAAUGUAUUUUGAAAUUAAGUAAAUUUACAUUUAAGCACUUUAAAAUGUAAACAUCCUAACUUGUUAAGUGUUUAAAAAUGUUAUACACGUCCAUUAUUGGUGUGAAGAAAGCAGAAACUUGAAUACCGGUGCGCUAGGGUUAAUACGGUAGUUCACGUUGACCAAAACAGACAAGAAACGCGUUUUGGAAAAAACAUUUUCGGCAAUCACAAACAUUCGCGUUCAGACGGGAUUAGAUUUCUCAGAGGAGCGCCGAUUUUGCUGAAAAACAGUAGGUAAUUUGCUCUGGAAUUUUUACACAGGUCGUGUGAGAAAAAGACAGACAUGGCAGAUUCGGACGGGAUUAAAAUCAAAAAGUACGUCUGUGAAACAGAAAUUUCUCUAACGACCCCCUGUAAAAAUAGGGCUAAAGACAAAAUCUCCAAAAUGUGGAAGCAAAUCCAUAAAAAGUUUGUAACCCAGCACUUGUAACAAUUGUUGAAUGCAGCUCACAUGUCCUCCUGGUUUUUUCAGAGUCUCUCCUUCCUCAGCCCCUAGUGACCUUAUCAGCAGAACAACUUCAAGGUCACACAGCUGCAGAAGCCUGAGACAGAACUCAAAAUCAUGACUGUGGCUAAAAGAAACUGAAAAAAGUCGUCAAAACACAAACAUGCACAUCCCUAAAACUUCCCUCUGCCAACUAUAGCACUGACUAUGAAAUCCUGAUAUCCCGAGUGAUGCAGGUUCCACCUAAACACAGCUUCCUAAAGAUACGGUCUUCACUCUUACAGGAGAAACAAAAUUAAGUGUUUCUAACAUUAAGUGUUAAGUAAUUAAUGUAGGCUGUUCAAAGCACGCCAGUAAAAAGAAAAUCCAA